AUGAAACAACAUUCUAUCUACCUUUGGGAACGAGCUACUGGUACACUUGUCAAAAUCCUGCAUGGCCAAAAAGGUGAGACUCUGCUUGACGUUGUUUGGCACCCAUUGCGCCCGAUUAUUGUGUCACUCUCCAAUUCGGUCACCAAAGAGCAGGUCUCUAUAUGGGCCCAGACACAAGUGCAAAAUUGGUCUGCUUUUGCUCCAGACUUUAAAGAAUUGGAUGAAAAUGUGGAAUACGAAGAACGCGAGUCUGAGUUUGACAUUGAGGAUGAAGAUAAACAAGUUGAAGAGAAGAAAGGUUAG